AUGAGUAACUUCCAAAAGCGACAACAAAACAUCCAAAGACUAAGCGAACAAGAUUUAGAGUUUUCGAGUACGUAUGAGAGUAGUUGGCAUUAUCGAUAUAAAGAGAAUAGAGAAAUAUAUAUAGGAGGGAUAGCGCCUGAGUUGAAUGAAGGGGACAUUAUUGUUGUUUUUUCACAAUAUGGAGAAGUGAUUGAUAUCCAUAUGCCAUGGGAUAGCGAGGGGGACCGGCACAAGGGUUUCUGCCUAUUAACGUACAAGAACCCUAAGAGUUGUGUGUUAGCUGUAGAUAACUUGAAUGGGAUAGUAUUGAACGAGAAGAUGUUAAUAGUUGAUCAUUCAGAAGGGGAGGUGCAGAAACACAUCGAUGAGAAGUAUGGGAAAUACAAUGGGCGAAGACCACCAAUGUAA